AUGGGUUGGAAUACUCACGCAGAUGGAACGCAAGAUCCGCCCGAGGUGCGCAAUUGGCGCAUACACAUAAUAGCGCUGGUGGCUUCGAUGUCCGCCCUUGCGAUGGGUUACGACACAGCCGUUAUAGGCGGAACAAUGGCGCUGCAGUCGUUCAUUCGAGACUUCGGAUGGGAGGACGUGUCGACGGGUACGCGCAACACCAUCCAGGCGAACAUCGUAUCGACAUUUCAAGCUGGGUGCUUCUUUGGCGCUUUGUUGACCUUUCCAAUCGCUGAGAAAUUUGGCCGGAAAAGAACAGUCAUGCUAGCCGGUCUAGUGUUCUUGCUAGGCGCAGCCCUCCAGACCGCUGCGGAAGGCAAUCUCAACUUGAUCUAUGGUGGUAGAGCUAUCGCAGGGUUGGGCAUCGGAGCGUCAUCGCUUACUGUUCCCGUCUACAUCGCUGAAGUCGCACCUCCAUCCAUUCGCGGUCGACUUGUUGGAAUAUUCGAAAUCGCCUCGCAAGGCGGCGGCAUGCUGGGGUUCUGGAUCAACUAUGCCACCGACCAGACUGUCAACGUCAACAACAAGGCGCAAUGGAUCAUUCCUCUAUCAUUGCAACUGGUUCCUGGGGUGUUGUUGGUCUUGGGUAUGUUUUGGUGCCCAGAAUCUCCACGCUGGCUUGCUAGGGGUGACAAUUUCGACGCCGCGGAGAAGAUCCUGACUAUGGUGCGCGGCUUACCUUCGUCUCAUCCGUACAUCAUGCACGAGAUGAGCGAGAUCCGCGCACAAGUCGAAGAGCGAAGUACGAACCACAUGAACAAGUCGGCACAAUUCAAGAAACUGUUCCAGAAGGGUACUCGCAAUCGCAUGGGCAUUGGUCUUGCUUUGAUGUUUCUGCAGUCAUUUACUGGGGUCAACAUCAUCACAUAUUAUGCUCCUCGCAUCUUCGAGACCCUUGGUAUCUCCGGCACUUCCCUAAAGCUUUUCUCCACCGGUUUCUACGGCAUCGCAAAAACCCUCGGAAUGAUAACAUUCACCGUCGUCGUCGUCGAAAAGGUCGGACGCCGCAACGGCCUCAUCUGGGGGGCUGCUCUAGGCUGCAUUCCCAUGUGGUUUAUCGGUGGGUACGUUAUGCGCGCAGACCCCGCUGCCGCUGCUUUGCGAGGAGACGUCACCAGAGAUGGUUGGGGUUACCUCGCGAUGGUAUGCGUAUAUGUUAAUGCGUUCAUAAUUUGUGCCACAUGGCAGGGCAUCACCUGGACAUAUGCGUCUGAGAUCUUCCCGCUCGACAUCCGCAUGCUGUGUGUGUCGCUUACCACUGCGGAUACCUGGCUGGGCAGCUUCAUCAUCGCACGCAGUACACCUUACAUGAUUUCCGACCUCGGAUAUGGUGCUUACUUCUUCUUUGCGUCGAUACUACUUUGUAUGGGCAUUUGGGCAUUUUUGUUCGUACCGGAGACUAAAGGUGUUUCGCUGGAAGAGAUGGACGCCUUGUUCAUGAGGCCUAUGCAUCAAGUGGUGUGGGCCCAGAUCAGAAAGAGACCUUUACCGAUAGACGAAACUGAAGCAGAGAGGAAGAAGGGUUUGCAGUCGAGCAGUAUGGAGAAAGAUAUUGGCAUUGAGCAGUCUGAAAUUGCGCCUGCUAAGUAA